AUGUCCAAUUGACAAUUAAAACCAUUUGUCCUGAAACUUCAGAAAAGAUAUAGUACUGAUUCUGUAUUGACUGAAAUCUAAGUAAUGUUAAAACAGUGACGCAGUAAUAAAUAUCAGAAAAGGUGCGACUAUUAGCCAUUAAAAGGACUCCCUUGAAAGAUUAUCGAUUUUUCGGUAGUUCCCAAAGAAUCUCUGAAAAAAUUACCCAAAAUCUAACGAAAUGUCUUAUCGCUUGAAGGCCACAAAAUGUCCUACGGACGAGCUUUCCCUGACCAAUCGGGCCAUAGUGAAUGUUGGCGAUUUUCCGGACGAAGUGAACUAUGCGGACAUAUCGCCAGCUGCAGGACAGCACUUCAUUUUCGCCCUGGAGAAGACCGUUGAGGUGCCCAGGGGCUAUGUGGGCUUCUCCCUGGUCCAGAGGAAGUGGGCCAUGGUGUCCAUUAACCAGGAACUGGAGGUGCGUCCCUAUCGCUUUGAUGCCAGCUCAGAUGUCAUCACCUGUGUGUCCUUCGAAACAGACUUUCUGCAGAAGAAAACUGUCUCCCAGGAGCCCUACGAUUCCGAUCAAAUGGCCAAGGAGUUCAUCAUGCAGUUCGCUGGCAUGGCCCUAACCGUUGGACAAUCCCUGGUCUUCAAUUUCAAGGAUAAGAAGUUGCUUGGACUGGCCGUCAAGUCCCUGGAGGCCCUCGAUCCCAAGAGUUUGGGCGAGGGCAAGGAGACAGCCAUGCGUAAUGUCCGCUUUGGUCGGAUUCUGGGCAACACGGUGGUUCAGUUCGAGAAGGCCGAGAACAGCUCCCUGAAUCUGCAGGGCAAGAGCAAGGGCAAGGUGGUCCGUCAGUCCAUCAUAAAUCCCGAUUGGGAUUUCGGCAAGAUGGGCAUUGGUGGUCUGGACAAGGAGUUCAACUCGAUCUUUCGGCGAGCCUUUGCCUCCCGUGUCUUUCCACCAGAGCUUGUGGAGCAACUGGGCUGCAAGCACGUCAAGGGCAUCCUGCUGUAUGGUCCUCCGGGAACUGGCAAAACUUUGAUGGCCCGUCAAAUUGGCACCAUGCUCAAUGCCCGUGAGCCGAAGAUCGUCAAUGGACCGCAGAUCCUCGACAAAUAUGUGGGCGAAUCGGAGGCCAAUGUGCGACGCCUUUUCGCCGAGGCCGAGGAGGAGGAGAAGCGUCUGGGACCCAACAGUGGGUUACAUAUCAUCAUCUUCGAUGAAAUCGAUGCCAUUUGCAAGCAGCGUGGCUCCGUGGCCGGAAAUAGUGGUGUCCACGACACCGUGGUCAACCAGCUGCUGACCAAGAUCGAUGGCGUUGAUCAGCUGAACAACAUCCUGGUAAUUGGCAUGACCAAUCGCAGGGACAUGAUCGAUGAGGCUCUGCUGCGACCCGGCCGCCUCGAGGUCCAAAUGGAGAUCAGUCUGCCCAACGAACAGGGUCGCGUCCAGAUCCUCAAUAUCCACACCAAGCGCAUGCGCGACUUCAACAAGAUCAACGACGAUGUGGACAACAAGGAGAUUGCCGCGCUGACCAAGAAUUUCAGCGGAGCCGAACUGGAGGGAUUGGUGCGUGCCGCCCAGUCGAGUGCCAUGAACCGGCUGAUCAAGGCUGAUGCCAAGGUCACUGUGGAUCCCGAGGCCAUGGAGAAGUUGAAGGUCAAUCGGGAUGACUUCAUGCAUUCGCUGGAGAAUGACAUUAAGCCGGCAUUCGGUACCGCCCAAGAGAUACUGGACAAUAUGCUGGCCAGGGGUGUCAUCAAUUGGGGUUCCCCGGUUAGCCAUCUCCUCGAGGACGGCAUGCUCUAUGUGCAGCAGGCCAAGGCUCCGGAGUCCAGCGGCCUGGUCUCCGUACUCGUAUCCGGUGCCCCCAACUCCGGCAAGACGGCACUGGCCGCUCAGCUGGCCAAGAUGUCGGACUUUCCGUUCGUAAAGGUCUGCUCGCCCGAGGACAUGGUCGGCUACACUGAGUCGGCCAAGUGUCUGCACAUCCGAAAGAUCUUCGACGACGCCUAUCGCUCCACGCUCAGCUGCAUUGUGGUGGACAAUGUGGAGCGUCUGCUGGACUACGGUUCGAUUGGUCCCCGGUACUCCAAUAUGACACUGCAGGCGUUGCUGGUGCUGCUCAAGAAACAGCCACCCAAGGGUCGCAAGCUGCUCAUUCUGUGCACCUCGAGUCGACGUGAGGUUUUGGAGGAGAUGGAGAUGCUGACGGCCUUCACCUCGGUGCUCCACGUGCCCAAUCUCUCGCAACCGGACCACGUUCUGGCCGUGCUCGAGCACACGGACAUCUUCAGCAAGGGCGAGAUCCAGGCUAUUGGCAAGAAGAUGUCUGGAAAACGCGUCUUCAUUGGCAUCAAGAAGCUCCUGGGACUCAUUGACAUGGCACGUCAGACGGAGCCGUCGCAGCGGGCCAUCAAGUUCCUGUCCAAGAUGGAGGAGGAGGGUGGCCUGGACAUGGUGGCGAGGCAGUGAGGAAUAUGAAACUGGAUGUGCCCGAAUGCAGUCUCAAUUAUUAGCUCCUAAGUGCAGAAGAACGGGCAGGAGAUGACUCCGAAUCAGAAGCGUUGACUCCAUGUACACCUCUACAUCGCAAAACUUAUACUAGUCAGAUACAAAGACAUAUAUAUAUAUAUAUACGAUCCAGGCUUCGCGUUGUUUGUUCGGUCCCAAACCAAGAAAAAAAAGAAACCAAAAUCCACAUCCCGAAGGAGUUUCCUAUAUUUCCGAGUUCUCCCCCACAGAGCUCAAUCAAAUCAGACAGAUAUGUGAGACCCGUGACCUGAAGAUGAUGGCAUAUUAAGCAUAAUACGGCAAAAUGGACAGAUACUCAAUUAAAUUUAUAAAUGACACGCGUAGCAAAUAAUUCGUUAAUAGCAUAAUAAUCUUUCUCGUUACCUUUAAUUUUAGGAUUCGCUUCGGUACAUUCUCAGAGCGGGAGAAAACACCAAUGUUUUGCCACUGGCAUUGUGAAUUUUUGAACUAAUUAAUUCAAUAUGUAUUAAAUCAAAUACUGUUAACCGCCAAUGUUAUACAUAUAUCUUAAAUAAAGAAAACGAUCUCAAAUUCCAUCUUA